CUUAUUAUCGGUACGUAGUUACGUUGGGAAGUAUCCAUAUAUAGUACGCCACAUUAUUUAUUUCUUUACUUUAUGUAGUCACUACUCUUUGUGUUUUUUUUAAUUUUAAAGAGUCAAGAGAAACAACGUCAUGUGGAAGUGGAUGAAGCCUUUCUAGUCACUCGCCAGAAUAAGGAUGGAGGUUGGGUCGAUUCACGAUCUAUGGAAACAUAUAAUACAUAUCAAAAGAAAAUAAAGGAGAUUGCUGAAAGUGAAGAUGGUUCUACAAAUGGCACAAGUGAUAUCAAUAGCAGUAAGAAAUUAGCGAUCUGGCAAGAGAUAGUUGGAGGAAAGAGAAAAGGAAAACUUUAUGGGACGGCUGAUUUGUCAUCAAAUUUUACGCGUGAAGGAGCAACAGUGUUCUACACUUCUCAAGAGUGUUGUGAUGAUGAGCUCAGCACUCAUGAUGUUCGAUUACAAAAAGAGCUUGAAGAGUUGCGUCAUGCUCAAGAAGCGGAGCGUUUGGCUCAUGAGGAGGAGCGUCGUGCACAAGAAGAAAAAAUUGCAGAGAUGGAGAAGUCAAUGGAAUUGAUAGUAUCACGUCUUGCAGCUAUUGAGGGUGCAAAAAAAUAAAAAAAAGCGCCAUCAUCAUCAUCAUUCUGACGAGAGUGCUCAUGACUCUCAAGGUUCGAAACGGCGUUCUUCUUUAUAAGGCGCAAAAUAUUUGUUCUCACUCUUGAUGAAAUGUUUUGACAUUAAAAUUAUGCUUUGCACUAGUUUUUCUAAGCUUUGAAUUGUUCGUAUUACUCAAGUAUGGAUCAUGAAAUUAAAGUGUUAGUGAUUUU